AUGGCUUCUGUCACGAGCCCGCUCCCGACGCUCCGUCCGUCGCUGGCCGAAAGGGCGGCCGCCUUAUUUCCGCCGCCUCCGCCGCGCCUCCGCCUGUCAUACUAUGUCAUCCCAACCGCAUCCACUCCAGAGCGAGAAUGGCUUCCAUCUCCUUCGGAUGACGUCUACCCUAAUGUCCAGACGGUUGAUUUCUCGACCAUCUUGUUCCUCGACCCAGGGCUGCUGCAACAUGUCCAAGUGGAGACGGUUCGUGCCGUACCAUCCGUCCCGCCGCAUAUUCUGCAUCUACUGGGCGACUUCGAUGAGAUCCGUGUCACUGCGGAGAGGUUUUUCGGGCACAUCCACCGGUGGAUGCCCUUUAUCUCAAAAAAACGAUUCUACGAUCUGUACCUGCGGCCCUCAUUUCACUCCCAUUCCGACGUAGUCCUGCUUUUACUGGCGAUGAAGCUUAUCACGACCUUCCCACGGGAUGAUACGAAUGGUCCUCGCGCCGCUCUGUAUCAUGCAACUAAACAUUUCUAUCUGGCGGUCCAAGGCUCCUUCUCCAUCUUAGUCUUGCAAGCGGGGCUUUUGAUGGCAUUGUAUGAGCUAGGACACGGAAUCUAUCCUGCUGCAUAUCUGUCAAUUGGAGCGUGUGCGAGGUAUGCACAUGCUCUGGGUAUCAAUGUCAGUGGGACGGUACCCACUAGGGGAGUACUCACUCUGGUGGAAGUCGAGGAACGACGGAGGAUCUGGUGGGCUCUCGUUGUUUUGGACCGCUUCGUGAGCAUUGGCUGUCCGGGGCGGCCGUUUGCCACCGCUGAUUCAAAACUCGAUGAUUUGUUACCAGCUGAUGAUGCCGCGUGGGACGAAGGGAUCGUCAGGCCCGAUAGCUUCGCGACCCUGUCGUCUCCGAUGACGGGGCAUAUGAGUAAAUUCGCCCUAGUGUGUCAGGCUGCCCGGCUAUUAGGCCAAGUUCUCAACUACCUCUCGAAUCAUGUCGCUGGGCAGAAUGAUGUCUGGAUGCAACUCGAUCGCACUCUACAUUCGAUGCUCACUGCUGCUUUAAAUAUCGACAGCCCGGACUAUGAUCAAAUCACGUUUAUCUAUAGCGCCUUAAUUGCUCUAUAUACGCCCUGGCUAUCCUCUAACGAGGGCGAGAAAGCCGAAAGCGAUUACUCUUGGCGAGCAAGAGCCGUGCUGCAACAGAUAACGGACCGAAUCAGCGCGAACCUCAUCGAACGUCAAUGCUUCUCAGGUCGAGACCCGGAGGACAUGACCCCGUGGGGUCUGUACUUUGCCUACCAGAUCUGUGGAGCGCACAUGCGAUCAAGCGAAAAAUCCCAACAAGGAACCGAAGUGGUGAAGAGUCUGCGUGAGGGCUUUCUGGCGAUCGAUAUGCGGUGGGAUGUGGCGGCUCCGGCCGCUCAGAAGCGGGCUCAAUUUUACUCAGUGAGCAAAAAGCGGCGAGGGGUGAGCACUAAAGCGGAACAGGAAAGCCAAGAGUGGCAGAGGAAAUCCCGGAUCCUCGACUAUAUUGAAUCAAGUCAUGACUGCAGAUGGGCUGGUGCCAGCCACGCGAAGAUCGACGAGUGGGGUACCAAGCGGAGUGUUGCCAUGUCAAUGGCCGUCCUGCAUGGGCUUGCGUUUGCAGAUCAAGAGGUUGGGGAUCGAUUGACAACGAUUGCCGACCGUCUCCCAGCACUACAGAGUAAGGACUAG